UAUUACGUCGUAGUAUUGAAGGGUGGAAUGUUAAAAUAACAGGCUCCACUGUCGUCAUCUCAUAUACAUUUUCAAACCAGUUCUGCGACUUGGAAGCUAGUGUUUGUCAAAUGCCAAUAUUCAUACAAAACCGAGUUGUAUCUAAUGGCGAGCUCUAUUCUUAAUCGAAUUGUUGACGAAGCUUUCAAUAUUUCAUAAGUUUUGUGCCGAUGUCGCGUCGGAUCCGAAGUUGCCAAGAGUGGGAGGUGCGUGCUUCUGCUUUUGCUUUGAAAACAACAAACCCUAUACGGAAAAUCGUAGAAAAUUUGCAAGUUGAACCGAAUCCUGAAAAGGAAUUCAUUGCGUUAUCCAUCGGUGACCCUACAACUUUUGGAAACCUUAAUCCCCCGGAGCAAGUUUUGCAAGCUGUGAGAGAUAGUAUAGAAUUACAUACGAGCCGAGGGUAUGGACCUUCGAAAGGUCAUAACGAAGCACGCGCUGCCGUUGCGAAGUAUAGUGCCCAUCAGGGUGAAGUGGAUCCUGAUGAUGUGAUUCUCACGAGUGGAGCUUCUCAUGCUAUCGAAAUGGCCAUAACUGCGAUCGCUGACAGCGGGCAGAAUAUUCUGGUUCCUCGACCUGGUUUCAUGAUAUAUCAAACUCUAGCGGAAGGUCUUGGGAUAAAAAUCAAAUUUUACAGUUUGCUCCCUAACGAGCAGUGGAAAGUUGACCUUGAUGAUUUGGAGGGCCAAAUUGACGACGACACCGCCGCUAUGAUCGUCAUAAACCCCUCGAAUCCAUGUGGCUCAGUUUAUGACAAGGAACAUUUAAUAGAAAUUUUAGAUAUAGCUUCUCGAAACCGAGUACCGAUCAUAGCUGACGAAAUCUACGAGCAUUUCGUUUUCUCUGGUCAUAAAUUUACACCGAUCUCAGCGAUAUCGGAGGAUGUUCCUGUGCUGACAUGCAGCGGCCUCACGAAGCGGUUCCUAGUUCCGGGUUGGAGGAUGGGCUGGCUGAUCAUACAUGAUCGCAACAAUAUAUUAGGAAAGGAGUUGCGUGGAGCGUUGGGCAACAUAUCAACCAGGAUUCUCGGUCCCAGUACUUUAAUUCAGCGAGCUUUACCAAGCAUUCUAGAAUAUACACCGCAAAGUUUCUUCGAUGACGUGUUGUUGUUUAUCGAGAACCAAGCUAAAUUAGCAUAUAAAGAGUUAUGUAUGGCACCCGGAUUGCGACCCAUUAUGCCGCAAGGAGCCAUGUAUAUGAUGAUCGAAAUAAAAAUGCAAUUCUUUCCAGAAUAUAAAAACGAAUGCCAAUUUUUAGAAAACUUAGUUGCGGAACAAUCGGUCUUCUGUUUACCUGGACAGUGUUUUAAAUACCCCAAUUACUUGCGAAUCGUGUUGACGGUCCCAGAAGAUAAAUUACAAGAGGCAUGCCGAAGAAUCAUUAUAUUUUGUAAAGAACAUAUCGUUCAUGGAGAGAAACGGUUGGACAACAAGAUAAAUGAAGAGUCCAAUAAUAUACAAAUAUGCGACAGAAGCCUACCUCAAGUCUCUGACGUCUGACGUCUGACGAAUUAUCAAAUAUCUACCAGAUACUUAUUAUUAAAGUGACUGUUUAACCUUAAAACAUAUAAUAAUGUUAUAUAACUGUGCACUUUUAUUAAUUAUAAAGAUAUGAUAAAUUGUAAUAAGAUAUUAAUACAUAUGUAUAUUAUUAUACAUGAAAAAUUUAAGUAAAUGUAAAAAAAAAUAUGUAAAGGGAUGUAUGUUA